AUGGAGGUUGGAUUUUUAGGUUUGGGGAUAAUGGGCAAGGCUAUGGCAACUAACCUGCUACGCCAAGGCUUCAAAGUCACUGUUUGGAACAGAACCCUCACCAAGUGUGAAGAACUUGUGAAAUAUGGUGCUUCUGUUGGAGAAACACCAGCAACUGUAGUCAAGAAAUGCAAGUAUACAAUUGCCAUGUUAUCUGAUCCUUCAGCUGCUUUAUCGGUUGUGUUUGACAAAGAUGGUGUUCUUGGUCAUAUUAAUGGAAAAGGUUACAUUGACAUGUCAACAGUUGAUGCUGAUACAUCUUCCAAGAUAUCUGAGGCAAUCAAAGCAAAAGGGGGUUACUUCCUUGAAGCUCCUGUUUCGGGUAGCAAGAAGCCUGCAGAAGAUGGCCAACUAGUUAUACUUGCUGCUGGGGACAAGGCAUUGUACGAUGAAGCACUUCCUGCAUUUGACGUACUGGGGAAGAAGUCUUUCUUUCUGGGUGAGGUUGGAAACGGUGCAAAAAUGAAACUUGUUGUUAACAUGAUAAUGGGCAGUAUGAUGAAUGCUUUCUCUGAGGGACUCACCCUAGCUGAAAGAAGUGGUUUGAACCCUGCAACUCUUCUUGAUGUGCUGGAUCUUGGUGCCAUAAGUAACGGCAUGUUUAAAUUGAAAGGACCUACAAUGCUCCAAAACAGUUACUCCCCAGCUUUUCCGCUGAAACACCAGCAGAAGGACAUGAGGUUAGCUCUUGCCCUUGGAGAUGAAAAUGCUGUAUCAAUGCCAAUAGCAGCUGCAGCAAAUGAGGCUUUCAAAAAGGCCAGAAGCAUGGGGUUGGGAGACCUUGAUUUUUCCGCAGUUCAUGAGACUUACAAAGCUCCUGAUCAUUCAUCUUGA